GGGGAGGAGCUCAGUGAAGAGGAGACGUGGUGUGAGGUCUCCAUCACGUAUGGUGAUGUCAUAAUCUUAUCGAAUGUUGUGCGCUGAUGACAUCACAAUGGGAUCAGUGCCCGCAGGAGGCUGAUGCACACAACACGGUCACUUUACUAUUCGGAAUUCGAGCUUGAAGUACGAAUUUAACAGUAAUAAGAAAUUUUCUUAGACGCCAUCAUGAGUGACAAGCGUCGAAAAGGUGAUCAGCGGCCGCCGGUCACCACCACAUCCUCGCGGACAUCCUUUGGCUCCAUCAUUCUGACCCCAUUCAGAAAGAUUUAUGAGUGAUGCAAGAAACUAAAGAAGCCAAGCGCCAUGAGAGGUGUCUAAUGGUUCUCCACCUCAUUUUCUCUAAAUAAAGACAACGACAGAAGCCAAGGACCCAAGGAAAACACUCUAAUCUACAGAGAUGACUCCAUGAUACAGAGUGGAGAUGAUGCUGCCCAUCAGGGUGCAGAUAAUGCCCAUGAGGGGCUCAUAAGAGGUAAAAGACCUUGAGACACUGGAGAUGCAGAAAUCUUCCAGGACCAUCAACAACCGCCUCCUAAAAUUCAGAGGAUUAAUCAGGAUAGUGAUGAAGCGCCCACUGCGAGCCUCAAAAGGCUGAGGCCUCUAAAAAAAACUGAGACUAACCCCCACCCCCCCCCCCCAACCAGAUAAGAAAUACAUGACAAAAGCCAACUGUGACCAAAGGGGUGAGGAUGAAGGUCUAUCCCAGGAGGAGCCCAAUGGCUGCACAAUACAGAACACCAAGCACCUGUCUCCCGACCAAAUGUCACUGCUGCAAAGUCAGGGCUAUGAAGGCAUGUUGGACGAUGAAAUCAUCAAUACGGCUCAAGAUCUCCUCCAAAGGCAAUUCCCCAACUCCGAUGGCCUCCAGCCUGUGGUCGCUGUCCUCGUGCCCGGGUACAAGGUAACAAAAAAUGCUGUUCAGAUCCAUCACGGUGGGGAAAGAAUGCAUUGGCUAACCAACAGCUAUAGAAACAGCAAGAUCAUGGUGGCCGAUAGCAUAAGAACCGACAAUCUGUCACCUUACAUACGUGACCAGAGAACAAACUUAUACAGUGGAGUAGUACACGAGCCCCUUAAACAUAUGCACUUUCAGGACGUAGACCAUCAGAAGAACAACUACGAUUGUAGAGUCUUUGCCAUUGCUUUUGCCUACGAGCUGCUGUCGGAGGAUGGAGACCCAGAGGUGACCGACAACCACAAGGCAAUAAGGGGACAUCUCAUUACUUGUCUACACAACGGAAGCAUAAACAAAUCUCCCAUAAAGGAAUAGUGAGACCACCACGAGACCACCACACAAUUACAGUGCUGACUGUCAAUGGCCCAACUAGUGCUGGUGUAUGCCUUAUAAUAAAUAUAUACCCAAGAAACCUGCCAUAUGCCUUAUAAUAAAUAUAUACCUAAGAAACCUGCCAUAUUGUGUACUAAAUAUACA